AUGUACGCCACCACAGUCGGCUUACUUGUCGCCAUGUACUUCCUGGUUAUACCAAUCGCGAAGUACUUCUACGACCCAAAAGGUCUACGCAAGUAUCCGAAUUUUUAUGCCUUAUCUGGAAUAUCUGACCUUCCUUUUCUCUACGAAGCUCAACGGGGAUUUCGCUCCCGUAACCUCUUCGAAGCCCACAAGAAACACCCAGUCCUUCGCAUCGGGCCAAACGCGCUUUCCUACUCGGAUCCAAAUGCGAUAAAAGAUAUCUAUGGACACGGCACAAGCUGUGUCAAAGAUCGCUUCUAUUCCGAAACCGGGGGCACUCAUGCACAUCUUGCAGAUGUCGUUGACAAGAAGGAACAUGCUCGCAAGAGAAAGGUUUUAUCGAGCGCCUAUGCGGUGAAGAACCUGGAAGAAUGGGAGUUCAAUGUCGCAAACGUUGCUGGUAAGGUGAUUAAAGCCUUUGAUAAGCGCUGCACGGCUCCUCUGCUACCCAACACGAUACCACCAAAGGGGGAUUUGACAGUCGACUAUCGCAACUGGACGGUCCUGUUCGCCGCGGCUGCGAUCGCGAAUAUCGGGCUUAGUGAGGAUCUCGGGUUCUUGGAUGAGGGAUUAGAUGUUAUCAAGUCUGAAAGCAAAGAUGGGGCCGUGAAAGAGGCUUCCUUCCGCGAAUGCCAUGGUGCUACGGGUACAGUGUCUUACCAGCUUGUCUGGGCAUAUGACUGGUUCAAGAUAUUCAAGCGCAUGAGCAAAAUCUUCUCAUCUGGGUAUCGAAAAAUGUGGAAGUUGGACGGGGACUGGGGCGGUAUUGUCUAUAAUCGCGCAACAACUCGAUUGAACCGGUAUAUAGCAGGCGAGAAACUGGAUGAUUUCUUCGCUGCGAUGAUGGAAGAUAAGAAUGGAGACCCUCAUAAUCUCGAAUGGGGCGAGAUCGUGGCGGAGAUCAACAUUAUGAUGAAUGCGGGCCACGAUACCACGGCCAUCUCCUUGCGGAAUGUCAUGUUCUUCUCACUCAAGAGCCCAAAAUGCCUUGCAAAGCUGCGAGAGGAGCUCGAUGGGGUUCUCGACGAAGAUGAAGUCGUUGCAUCGUACUCGAAGGUGAAGAAUCUUCCCUACCUGCGGGCCUGUAUCGAUGAGAGCCUUCGAAUGCUUCCGCCGGUGAUAUUUGGAUUACCCCGUCGAACCCCGGUGGAAGGAACGGCUAUUCUGGAUAAUUAUGUGGCUGGAGAUACUUCGGUGAGCAUGUCAGCCUAUGUUGUACAUCACCAAGUGUCAGUCUUCGAGGAUCACGAUACAUAUAAGCCGGAGCGAUGGUUGGGAGAAGAGGGCAAGCCGUUGCAGCCAUACUUUAUCCCAUUCAGUACUGGCGCAAGAGGAUGCAUCGGUCGCAAUAUCAGUUACUUGGAGCAGACAGUUUUGGUUGCCUCUUUGAUCCAUCGCUUUGAGUUUGCCUUGACGUCGCCUGAUUGGAAUCCACCUGUAAAGGAGACGACCAAUUUGAGCCCCGGGCCGAUGCCAAUCAAGGUAUGGAGAAGGAUAAUUGGGGAGAACUAG